CAAAGAUAUAUGGGGUUCUUCACAAUGCUCUCUACACCACCGUGUCUCCUUUUCUUCUUCAUCUGUCUUAAAACUGCCUUCUCAUCCUCUUCACAUGCUUCUUCCUUUUCAACAACACAGCUCUGCUCUCAUGAGGAGGCUUUUGCUUUGCUGCAAUUCAAGACUUCCUUAUCCAUCAAUAACACUGCUUCUGAUGUAAUACUUACCAUACCAAACCUUAUUCUAAGACUGAGUCUUGGAAGGAAGCCUAAAAUCAUUGAAGGAAAGAUCGAGGCUCUGCAGGUUUUUGAGGAGAAAAAGAGUGCUGUUGGAAGGAAAGGUGCCAGAAAGGAGACUGCAGCUGAGAUCAAGAGCGAUUACAUGACCUGUGACAUUAUCACAGCUAACCCCAUCCCAGGAACAGCAACCUAUACCUUCCUUCCAAGACUCAGUCUUAGAAUAAGGUUUGUUAUGGUAAGUAUUACAUCCAUAAGGAUCAGAAGCAGUGUUAUUGAUGGAAAAGGAAGUCUUGAAUUGCAGCAAAGCAAAAGCCUCCUCAUGAGGCCUAAGGUUUCUAUGGUUCUUAAGAUUUUCAAAGAGCAAGGAAGAUUGGAAUACCUUCCUAAGGGAAUUGCUAUGAUGAAAGAGUUAACCCUACGAACGCAAGACUACUUAGUUUCUUUUGGGGAGUGCAUGUCAACAAGGAUUUUUGCUGCAUAUUUGAAUAAAAUUGGAGUUAAAGCCCGCCAAUAUGAUGCCUUCAAUAUUGGUUUUAUUACCACAGAUGACUUCACAAAUGCUGAUAUUCUGGAAGCAACCUAUCUAGCUGUGGCAAAAAGGUUAAAUGAUGAUUGGUUCAGUUAUCCUGCAAUUCCGGUUGUCUCUGGUUUCCUGGGAAAGGUCCUUCUACUGAACAGCUGCGGUGGGGGUGGUAGUGAUUUGAUAGCAACAACUAUUGGGAAAGCAUUAGGCUUGCAAGAGAUUCAGGCAUGGAAGGAUGUUGAUGGUGUCUUGACCUGUGAUCCUAAUAUAAACCCACAUGCAGAACCUGUCCCCUAUUUGGCGUUUGAAGAGGCAGCUGAACUUACUUACUGUGGUGCUAAGGUCCUGCAUCCACUAUCCAUGGGACCAGCUAUGGAGGGUGAAAUUCCCGUCAAGGUUAAGAAUUCUUACAACCCUACUGCACCGGGAACUAUUAUCACAAGAGAUAGAGAUAUGAGUGAGGUUUGUAAUAGCUGAUUGUUUGCAUAAUGCAAUGUAAAGGAAUCCACUGUACAUUAAUGGUUCUUAUACUCGUGGCAGUCAGUGCUUACUAGCAUUGUUUCGAAAAGGAAUGUUGCAAUGUUGGAUUAUUGUCAGCACUUGCAUGCUUGGUAUUUUCAAUCUUUGAAGAUCUGGGCAUCUCAGUGGAUGUUGUAGCUACCAGUGAAGUUAGUAUUUCCUCGACGUUGGAUCCAUAAAAAAUUUGGGGCAGAGAGCUAAUUCAACAGGCAAGUUGUGGUACCAAACUUUGAUGUACACUGUGUGUUACUAAAACAGUUGGCUUUCAGAUGAAUUCUUCUGAGUCUGAGUCUCUUCAGCUGUUUAUGUUGUGUCUUGCAGGAACUCGACCAUGUUGUUGAGGAAGUCGAGAAAAUUGCAGUCAUCAAUCUGCUUCAGCAUCGACGCAUUAUUUCUCUAAUUGGAAAUGUCCGGAGGUCGUCUCUAAUACUGGAGAAGGCAUUCUGCGUUCUUCAGACAAAUGGAGUCAAUGUUCAGAUGAUCUCUCAGGGUGCAUCCAAGUUCUGUACCGCUUGACCCUGUAUCUCAAUGUUUCUUUGCAUAGCUUGAUAUCUAAAGUGCUGCAUUGUGCAUUUCACAUUAGAGCGCAAACUUAAGACUUGUACCUUGUAGGCAUUGUAAGUUUACAUCUUCAAAAAUGUGUCAUGUGGUCAUCUGUGCAUUGCUUAAUAAGUGCAGAAAGCAGCUUAAUUACCUUCCACAUAAUGGGAUGUCCUAGUUAUGUGCUCACUGGGGUUUCACGUAAAGUCAUUUGGUUGGUUUUUGUACACUUGUAACAAACCACCACUUACUGU